CAGGUGAGGGGAAGAUUUCUAGUACUCAGCUGAGCAGAGAGCCCUUGGAGAUGUCAGCAUGGUCUUAUGUAAUUCCCGCAGCUUCUCAUGAGGUGGUCAUCAGGAAAACGAGAUCAAGUUGUUAACUGCAGAAAUUGAGCAUCUGAAGAACUUUGGAUGCUUGGGAGUCUCCCCGAGUUUGGAAGGGUUGCGAGACGAAAACGCAAAACUUAAGUAUCGGUUAAAUUUCCUUCAAAAGAGCCUUCAAGAGGAAAGAAGUAAAACAACAAAAAGCAUGAUUAAUAUCAACAACUGUCUUCAGGAGAUCUUUGGAGCUGCUAUUCAGGCUGCCUACCCAGAUUUAGAAAACCCUCCACUAGUGGUGACGCCAAGUCAACAGCCCAAAUUUGGGGAUUACCAGUGUAACAGCGCCAUGGGCAUAACACAGAUACUGCUCAAAACCAAGGAACAGAAGGUUAGCCCAAGAGAAAUCGCUGAGAAAAUAACAAAAAAUAUUCCUGCCAACGAAUGCAUUGAGAAGGUUGAAAUUGCCGGUCCUGGUUUUAUCAAUGUCCACUUGAGAAAGGAUUUUGUGUCGAAGCAGCUGAGCAGUUUAUUGAUGAAUGGAGUUCAACCACCAGCUAUUGGCAAAAGGAAAAAG